UCGCCGGCGGCCAUUUUGGGUGGAAGCGAUAGCUGAGUGGUGGCGGCUGCUGAUUGUGUUCUAAGGGGACGGAGUGGGGGGAAGACGUUUGCUCUCUCGGAACAGCGUAUCUCAUUCCUCUCCCUUCGACUACCCGUGGCGCGGAGAGUCAGGGCGGCGGCUGCAGCAGCAAGGGCGGCGGUGGCGGCGGCGGCAGCUGCAGUGACAUGUCCAGCAUGAAUCCCGAAUAUGAUUAUUUAUUCAAGUUACUUCUGAUUGGCGACUCUGGAGUUGGAAAGUCUUGCCUCCUUCUUAGGUUUGCAGAUGAUACAUAUACAGAAAGCUAUAUCAGCACAAUUGGUGUGGAUUUCAAAAUAAGAACUAUAGAGUUAGAUGGGAAAACAAUCAAACUUCAAAUAUGGGACACAGCAGGCCAAGAAAGAUUUCGAACAAUCACCUCCAGUUAUUACAGAGGAGCCCAUGGCAUCAUAGUUGUGUAUGAUGUGACAGAUCAGGAGUCCUUCAAUAAUGUUAAACAGUGGCUGCAGGAAAUAGACCGUUAUGCCAGUGAAAACGUCAACAAGUUGUUGGUAGGGAACAAAUGUGAUCUGACCACAAAGAAAGUAGUAGACUACACAACAGCAAAGGAAUUUGCUGAUUCCCUCGGAAUUCCAUUUUUGGAAACCAGUGCUAAGAAUGCAACAAAUGUAGAACAGUCUUUCAUGACAAUGGCAGCUGAGAUUAAAAAGCGAAUGGGUCCUGGAGCAACAGCUGGUGGUGCAGAGAAGUCCAAUGUUAAAAUUCAGAGCACUCCGGUCAAGCAGUCAGGUGGAGGUUGCUGCUAAAAUUUGCCUCCGUCCUUUUCUCACAGCAAUGAAUUUGCAAUCUGAACCCAAGUGAAAAAAACAAAAUUGCCUGAAUUGUACUGUAUGUAGCUGCACUACAACAGAUUCUUACCGUCUCCACAAAGGUCAGAGAUUGUAAAUGGUCAAUACUGACUUUUUUUUUAUUCCCUUGACUCAAGACAGCUAACUUCAUUUUCAGAACUGUUUUAAACCUUUGUGUGCUGGUUUAUAAAAUAAUGUGUGUAAUCCUUGUUGCUUUCCUGAUACCAGACUGUUUCCCGUGGUUGGUUAGAAUAUAUUUUGUUUUGAUGUUUAUAUUGGCAUGUUUAGAUGUCAGGUUUAGUCUUCUGAAGAUGAAGUUCAGCCAUUUUGUAUCAAACAGCACAACCAGUGUCUGUCACUUUCCAUGCAUAAAGUUUAGUGAGAUGUUAUAUGUAAGAUCUGAUUUGCUAGUUCUUCCUCGUAGAGUUAUAAACGGAAAGAUUACACUAUCUGAUUAAUAGUUUCUUCAUACUCUGCAUAUAAUUUGUGGCUGCAGAAUAUUGUAAUUUGUUGCACACUAUGUAACAAAACAACUGAAGAUAUGUUUAAUAAAUAUUGUACUUAUUGGAAGUAAUAUCAAAA